AUGCAACCCUCUGCCACCUUUAUUGCCCCGGACCUCAGGGCUCCAGGUCACAUCGCGAGGAACCCAAGCUCCGUCCUAACAGUCCACCUCGCCCCGCCCCUUUUCGGCCACUGCGAAAACCCGGCUGGGAGAAUUGCCCCGGGGCCUGGUUCUGGACUCCCCGAGCCAGUAGGUGACGGUAGGAAGCAGCAGCCUUGAAAGUGGGCGAGCCGAAAAGACCUAGGAGGGUUCAAAAGGAGGUGGAAGGAUACUGGAGCCACUGUCGGAACUACUUUCAGGAGGUCACGUGUGCUCCUAGUUGGGGAACUUUCCAAAUUCCCACUCCCCAAUGAUAGCGCGGCUGCGAGAAAACAGGCUCAGUGGAUGCUCCUGUCGGAGCGCUGUCGAGACUGGCGCCUGGGGAGCUGGUUACACAAGCACCCACAUCCAAACACGUGCCCCCGCCUCCCCAAACGGCUGGACGCAGUCGCUUAUUUUUGCAAACCAUUGGCUCCCAAGGUGGUCCCUCCCUUCUCCUGUUACCCAUAG